AUGGAAUCAAGGGCAAUACUUGCCACUGGUUUUGGACCGAGGAAGUGUGCAAAGACAGGGCAGCCCCUCAAGGAUCAGAUUAGUCAGCUUCCAGAUGGAAUCCUUGUUUAUAUUCUGUCUUGUCUAAUGCUAAAAGAAGCUGCCAGAACAAGUGUUCUUUCAAAGCGUUGGAUAGAUCCAUGGAGGUCCAUGGCUUGCCUUGAUUUUGAUGCAUUAAAAGUUGAAUGGGUUGACAAGGUGCUGCUUCAAUCAGACAAGUCCUUGGCAUUAGGUUAUUUGAGAGUUGCUUUUUAUUUGGACAAAUUUUAUGGAGAUAAGAUUCAUAAAUGGCCUCAGCAUGCAUUUGCAAGGAAAGUGCAAAGGCUGGAAUUGAACCUGUUUCCAGAUGAUGGCCCGCCUUCUUCUCGAGAAUCAUAUACUUUCCAUUAUGAACUUUUUCGCCUUAGCAGUGGUAAAUCUCAACCUGGUUACUCUGAAAUCCGUCAUCAUUCACAGAUUGGCUUCAAGUCCCUUAGAGCAUUGAGUUUGAAAAGUCUGAAUGUAACUGGGGAGGUACUGGAAUUCUUCUUGAUCAAUUGUCCAUUUCUUGAGCGCCUGGUAGUGGAGGCCUCUUCAGUUUUGAUCAACCUUCGAGUUUGUGGUCCAUCUAUUGCCUUGAAAUAUCUGGAGGAAAAAGGAAUUGUUCGUGAGCUUCCUCAACUUACUAAUCUGAAGGAGUUCGUCUUAAUAGCCUUUGCAUCAAAAGAUGACAGUUUGAUUGGAUUUACUUCUUUGAUCAGGGCUUCGCCCAACUUGGAGAAGUUUGUGCUGAAGUUGGAAUCAUGGUGGGAUGAUAUGGUCAGGGGAGAUAGAAAGUUGAAGAAAGCUGCUAGCUUUCCGCUCCAACAUCUGAAAGUGGUCGAGUUACUUGGAUACUAUGGUCACAGAAGUGAACUAGAACUUGUUGAAUACUUCCUCGAGAAUACUAUUGUCCUCGAGAAACUUAUAAUUGACCCUCGUGGUCCGCGUAAUCUCAAAUCGCCCAAAAUGCGCAAGGAAAAGAAGCAGGAAAAGUUAGCUAGAAAUUGUGCCAAGCAACAGCUCAGGGGAUUAAUACCUUCACAUGUUGAAUUUUCGAUUCUAUAGCUGCAAACAGCAAAUGCAGCUAAAUUUAGGUUCAUGCACACGAAGUUGUGGUCCUUGGCCUCCGUCAAGAUUUAAGUGUUUAGCUAGCGCUAAUGACACUUGGGUUUGGUUACUCGUUAAUUCCAAAAGGUCCAUAUUUGUUGUGCAGGGUGGAAAUGGAGCACUGGUAGUGGGCUGGAAAUGGAGUGUCUAG